AGGAUGCCGGCGGGAAGUCGAGCGUAUUAAUAUUAUAAUAAUAUUAUAGCAGUAGCUAAACGAAAUUAAUAUAUAAUGGUAUGUAAAGAUAUAGAAUAACAGUAAACAUGCUACGCAGUUAUUAGGUUAUGUAUCUCAAUGAAAUUAGCACGACUACCAUACACUUCGAUUUUCGAGAAUCGAAUAAUGCCUCGCGUCACUGUUUUCACUACAAAUUUCGCAAUAGUGAAGAUGCCAGUGCAACGACAAGUCGAAUCGCAUCUGUAUGCUUGGACAUAAUUCUUGGAACUGUUGGAGAAAUUAUGUGUUUUGGAAAAGUACUUCCAGCUGUGAUACCAGUCUCGUAUCGCGCACAAAGGAAUAAACACGUGAGUAAAUAAAUACAUCACAUGAUUAAUACAUUUGUCGAUAUUAUUUGGCUUUCUGAUUUUUCGAAUGGCAUCACAAUGGUGUUGCCAAUGAUUGAUGCCAAGAAGAAUUAUUAUAUUAAUAAUUCUCAAUAAAAAGAUAAACAUAUAUUUAAGUGUUCAAAUCGUACUCUUGGAGUGAUUUAUAACUAUAAAUAAUAUUACAGACAAGUUGCAGGUUAUCCUGUAAAAUUUCACUGAUAAUGUGAACUCAGUUGUACGAGAGGGGGGGGGCCUCUUUCUUGUCAUAAUCUAUCGGAAUCACGUGGCCACGUGCGAUUUUAUCGAUUGGAAUUAAAAUUAAAUACAGCUAUGAAAUUACAAAUUAAUUUUAUCUGGAUACAUAAUCAUUGUGAAAUAAGAGGAGUUGAAUAAAAAUUCUUUCUUUUAACAACUAAAGGUAAAACUUUCUGAGAUAAUAAUUAAAAUCCCCUUGUUUAUGAAUUUCUUGAAAAGAAGUCAAUCAAUAGCAUUUAAGUAAGUCUCUAAUGGAGAGGAGAAGGAAAAGUUUUUUAAUUUCGAAUUAAUUAACCGCUUCAUAAAAGAAUUUUAUUAUGCCACUGUAAUUGUGUUCGAUAUUACGAGAUAGUAAUCUAAUACUGUCGUUUUAUUAAAGAUCUCCUCUGGAAAUAUUUAA